CGUCACCUCUCUUUGGUCUUCCGAGUCAACCAUGGCGGCAUCCGUGGCAUCCCAGGCUGCAGCAAGAGGACUGAGGACAGCAACCUCAAAGCACAUACUUCUUGACAAACUUAAGUCCACCUGGUUGAGUCCAAGGAGAUGGCUGAAUCUACAAGAGUACCAGAGCAAAAAGCUGAUGCAAGAGAGUGGUGUGGCUGUCCAACGCUUCUAUGUGGCUGACACAGCUUCUGAGGCCCUGGAGGCUGCAAAGAGACUCAAUGCCAAAGAGAUCGUCCUGAAAGCUCAGAUUCUGGCUGGUGGCAGAGGCAAGGGUGUGUUCGACAGCGGCCUUAAAGGUGGAGUGCACCUAACUAAGGACCCUGCAGUAGUUGGCGAGCUGGCCAAUAAGAUGCUGGGUUUCAACCUGACUACCAAGCAGACACCUAAAGAUGGAGUGAAAGUGAAAACGGUGAUGGUUGCUGAGGCCCUGGACAUUACCAGGGAGACCUACUUUGCCAUUCUGAUGGACCGCUCUUGUAAUGGUCCUGUCAUGGUGGGAAGUCCUCAGGGAGGUAUGGAUAUUGAGGAGGUGGCAGCCAGCACCCCAGAACUCAUCUUCAAGGAAGCCAUAGAUAUAUUUGAAGGUGUGCGAGACGACCAGGCACUUCGCAUGGCAGCUAAUUUGGGUUUCAAAGGACCUCUGCAGAGACAGGCAGCAGAUCAGAUUAAGAGGCUCUAUGAUCUGUUCCUGAAAGUCGACGCCACUCAAGUCGAAGUCAAUCCUCUCGGAGAGACUCCCGAAGGACAAGUGGUUUGCUUCGAUGCUAAGAUCAACUUUGACGACAACGCCGAGUUCCGUCAGAAGGCCGUUUUUGACAUGGACGACAUGACUGAGAGUGACCCCACAGAGAUGGAGGCAGCCAAGUGGGACCUCAAAUAUAUCGGACUGGACGGAAACAUUGCCUGCUUUGUGAAUGGAGCUGGUUUGGCCAUGGCCACAUGUGACAUCAUUGACCUGCAUGGAGGAAAGCCAGCUAACUUCCUGGACCUUGGAGGAGGAGUCAAAGAGAGGCAGGUGUAUGAGGCCUUUAAGCUGCUCACUGCUGACCCCAAGGUUGAGGCCAUCCUGGUUAACAUCUUUGGGGGGAUCGUCAACUGUGCCAUCAUUGCCAACGGCAUCACCAAGGCCUGUCGAGAGCUGGAGCUGAAGGUGCCUCUGGUGGUCAGGCUUGAAGGGACUAACGUCCAUGAGGCUAAGAGGAUUCUGACCGAGAGCGGCCUGCCCAUCACAGCAGCAGACAACCUGGACGACGCCGCCAAGAAAGCAGUGGCUGCCAUCAGGAAAUAGGAAACUCCACCUCAUCUUUAAACAAUUCUCAGUGUAGCCCCACUACGCUCUGCCUGUGCAUCACCAAUACUCAUAACAGCCUCAGAUCAUCACUCAGAUCAUCAGCCUUUUCUCCAUCAUGCAGACAUUCAGGACUUCAAGCCUUUGAUCUAAUAGGCCUGUACUGUUUAACACAAUAGCUUACAACGAAUUUCGUUGCCAACUUCUCAUUUAUAUCACAGGCUUUGGGAUGGUGUAUGCCUUAUAGAGCCAUACAGUUCUCCUCCCUUUUAACAUCUUCAAUCAAUUUUCUCUCUAUUAAAUACAUAUUAAUUGGGAUAAAUCACACACAUUAUGAAAGUCAACAUAUUCAUAGAACAUAAUAACGUAAUAGUGACCUCUGUCAGUGAUUAGAUGGAGCCCUCACACUUUGUGCAUUCCAUUUUUCCAAGGCAGAACAUGUGGCUCUCUCUCUGCACAUUGUGGCAUUUGUAUGGAUCAUAGUCUGUAUGGAGUAUUCAUUAAGAGAGGCAUUUUCCAUCUUCACCUCAAGCCUUGGCUUACAAUACCUUAAAGGUGACUGAAAGACAGUCUGCUCACGAGUUUCAAUAUCAUUGUGACAUUUUAAUGGCGCUUAGUUAAAAUGAAAGGCAGCAAUACAGCCAGCGGUUAAUGUUGAAUCUGUUUUCUCGGUGACUUCAUUUUCCAAGUUUAAAUCCAUCCAUCCAACGCCUUAUCUGUGUCUCACAUGAAGUGAAGUACCCACUCUUAAUGGGCUGUGAAUUUUACAUCAUGUCUUACUUGUAAAGUGCUACUUCACUCUAUGAUGUACAGUGUGUAACGGCGUAAAUCUGUGCCUAUUUCAUGGAGGCUAAAGGGUUUGUAAACUAUCUUGCCAGCUCUCUCAGUCCUAGCAAUAGUUUCAUACAGAUCUGUUUAAAGAGAAAAAGAAAUCUUUUUGUAUAAUCAUGAAUGUAUAAUGACAGGAUGUCUUGGAUACAGUGUGAUAACUGUGUAUAUAAUUUCAGAGAUUAAAAAAACAUAUUUCAACACUA